AUGAAACCGGCCGUCCAAACAAUUUCUCAAAAACAAGGCUCCGUCGUGGCGGUGCUCGCCGACAUGAUUCUAGUGCGCUACGACGGAAAAGGUGUUCUUUUCAAGAACAAUUUGCUCUCUCGCCACUACAAACACGACGAUAUUGUGCAGUUCAGCGCUAAAAAAGCCACAGCUGUAAGGGAACACAUUUCUAGAAAAAAUUAGGAAUUUCAAACAUUUAAGCCAGACAUCGAGGUGGGCUCUCGGCUCAGCGAAAUGGCCGGCUACGAGAUCGGCUGGCUCGGCACCGAGAUCAAAUUCAUAAAAGUGGGACGACGGUUGCGCGGCGAGGGAAUUAUUAUCAAUAUUCCCGAGGAGAGCAACAGCGCUCAGUACAUGUUCGUCGACUGGAGAUUCACGAAAAACCCGCCCAAAGCGCUCAAUGUUCGUUUUUCGGGCGAUUUUAUACACGAAAAUCAAGACCAGCCGUUUCUGUGAAAAACCGAGCGAUAACCAACCAGUUUUGGCAUUUUUUGUAAGAAACUAAUAAGACAAUCAUUACUGAACCGAUUUUCCCGCCAAUGACCGAUUUUUCAGUCGAACACGACGACGAACGUAUUUGUGACGCGGGCGGCGGUGCUUCCUCCUGUUACGAAGCUGACAGAGCUGUUCCGUGCCGGCCAAAGAGUCAAAUUCGUGGCGCGCGAACAGGCGCCCAACGAGCGGGGCGUGUGCUGGCGGAGCAUAGUCGUCACCGACGAGAACCACGAAAUUGCGGUGAGCUAUUUUUUUUUUCUGGCAAGUGCAAAAAAAUCACAAAAAUCUCGGAAAUGCUCUUUCAGCUGGACACGUGCAAUCCGUACGGUCGUCAGAAUUACAAAGUGGUCCCAAAGGCGGGAGCGACUCCGAGUGCACCCAAAUUCGCGCCGAUGGGACAGAAAACGGCUAGCUCCGUCUGGAACAAUGCCGACUCGUCGUCCAGAGCGUCUUCCUCGAAAGUAAGCGAUUUUCUUGAAUUUUUAUAGAGUUUUUCAAGGAUCCUGGCAUUUUUAAUCGAUUUUUACGGUUACUAAGAAGAAAAUGGCCUGUCUGUGUAAUUUUUAGCGUCAAUGUCACCAAUUGAGUGGAAACAACAAAAACACUUUUUUGACUGCAGGACGCCGCCUCGCCGUCGUCCUCGUCUUCUGGAUCCGCGCAACGUCCGCUCUGUCGGCCCACGCGUCCAACUCCGUCUCUGACCGCCACGGCUCCGACAUCUCGGACCGGCGGCCCAUUUCACGUGCAAAAACCGCCGUCGGUGGACGGAUUCGACUAUUGGGACACUUCGAAAGAGGCGUGCACCGCCCGUUUCAAACAUUUUGGUGGGUUAAAAAAAAUCUAUUUUACAAUUCCUUGUUACCAUUAAAAUCCGUGAUCUGUGCUUUUCCAUAAACAAAAUAUACGUUUGUUUUCCAGUCGACAACUACCGCGCCCAGAAUCCAAAGUGCAUGUUCUCGGAACCGUCUUUCGAGGGACUGCUCAGAAUCAAGUACUUGCAGCACAUAACCGACGAGAUGAACGCGAUUCGGAUCGCCGAGGAGAGUUCCGAUUAA